AUGACAUCAAUGAUACAAAAAGGUAUAUGUUCUGACCGUGUUCGUGGUCCAUCAUCAGUCAAUGUUGAUCUUCUCGAGUGUCCUAUUUGUCAUGAUCUACUCUGGAUACCAGUUGCCUGUCAAACAUGUGAAACAUCAUUCUGUUCAACAUGUAUCGAUCGGUGGCUUGCUGAUAAUCCAGAGAAAUGUCCCAAUCGAUGUAAAACAUAUAUCAAACGCAAAUGUCCCUCAUUCAUUGUUAAGCUACUUGCUCAAUUACAGCUUACUUGUUAUUAUCAAUCACAAGGUUGUGAACAGGUAAUCAGACAAUGA